AAGGCUCUCUGAGGACCAGAGUCCAGUGUGUGUGGCGUGAGGUGAACAUGAUAACAGCUGGUAUCCAAUCGGUGAGUGAAUCAGGCCAUAAAGUGUCAGAUAAGCUCAGGAUGCUGUUUGAACAUCCACUUUGAGUUUCAGUUUCAGAGAACACGCCGGCGGUGUUCCUGUCUGCAUGGAGUUCUCCUGCAGGAUCUCGUUUAGAAAACACCGAGGGAUGAACUGAGGGACUGACUUUUAUAUUUCUAGUUUAACGGAUUGAUCGUGUGCAGCGAUGGUCGGUGUGGACGUGCGUGCGAUCAGCCAGCCGGUCGGCAUCAUGAGGCUGAUGGCGUCCGUGCUCACCUGCAUGGCGUUCAGCCUGGUGGCGUCGGCGGGACACGUCUCGUCCCCUUACUGGGCCUGGUGCAUGUUCACCUGGUGCUUCUGCUGCUUCUUCACCCUCCUCAUCCUCGUCCUGGAGUUCACCACGCUGCACGCCAAGCUGCCGUUCGCCUGGGACGACUUCACCGCCGCCUUCGCCAUGCUGGCGAGCCUCAUGUGCCUCGCCGCCUCCGUCAUCUACCCCACCUUCUUCACCUGCGGGACGUGCCACCGCCAGAUCGGAGCGUCCGUGGUGUCCGUGGUGUGCUUCGGGGUGUACGCCGGCGAGGUGGCGCUGACUCGUCUUCGUCCCGGCGGGGAGAACAUCGGCUUCCUGUCCACGCCGCCGGGCCUGAUGAAGAUGCUGGAGACGUUCCUGGCGUGCCUCAUCUUCACGUCCCUGGAGGGCGGGCAGGUCUCCGGCUCCCCGGGGCUCCAGUGGUGCGUCUCCGUCUACUCCUUGUGCUUCAUCUUCGCCAUCGUCAUCAUCCUCCUCAGCCUGGGGCAGUUCACCUCCUUCCUCCCGUUCUCCUUCGACAAAGUGGUGAUCGUGUAUAACGUGGUGGCGGCGGCGAUGUACGUGACGGCGAUGGUCGUCUGGCCGCUCUACAGCUUCCAGAACAACAAGAGACCCAGCAACUGUGGACAUCUGUGUUCCUGGGACAAACUGGUGGUGGUCUCCUUCAUGACCAUCCUCAACGCCAUCGUCUACACGCUGGACGCCGUUUACUCCGUCUACAUCGUCUUCUUCGCCAGCAGCCAGUGA